AUGAAGAACGGAGUGGAAGAUCAUCAGUUUCGGACGCGCUUAUCGAGAUGGUUCAACGCGAAGUGCUUCAAAACAGGAGGAUCACUGUCCGUGAACUUGUUGCUCGGAUUCCUGGGAGUUCUUACGAACACAAGGAGAAACGCCUUGACUGUGCUCGCCAGUUUCUUUAAAAGUGUCAAGAAGAUAAGGAAGUAUUGUUGGACUCCAUUGUUACUGGAGACGAAACGUGGGUAUUUCAUUUCACUCCCGAAACGAAACAACAAUCCAAACAGUGGCGUCACCCAGGGUCACCAGUCGCAAAGGAGUUCAAACAAACUCCUUUUGAAACUUUUAACAUACUUAGGGUGGACUGUCAUGCCCCACCCACCUUACAGUCCGGACCUCGCGCCUAGUGAUUAUCACUUGUUCCCCAAGUUAAAGGAACACUUGUGUGGCCAACGCUUCCGGAGCGACAAUGAAGUCAAAGAAUAG